GUUAAUAGUUAGGUCUGCAUCGUGCAGCAGUUAGCUAGUUAGUGCGUUUGGUGUGGUCACCAAAAAACAUGCUGAAAAGCAAAUUAGUAAUACUGGAGGAAUUCUUCUCUAGCAAAAAGGACAAAGAGUUAAAAGUUAGCCAAAAUGACAAUGCUGAGGACGAAAAUAAAGAAGCAGAAGCAGCUUCGUGUACAAAUGAAGGGGCAGAAAUGGCGGACGAGCAGGUGGAGAAAGAAUGUACAGUAUCCUCGGAUAUUAUCACAUUAAUUGAUAAUGACGCCAUCACCAAAUCUGAGACCGACAAAAGACAGUACCGAGGACUGGAACUGGCCAAUCAUUUGAAGGUUCUCCUCGUCAGCGACCCCGACGCUAGCACAGCGGCAGCGGCGAUAGACGUCCACGUUGGCGAGCUAAAAGAUCCUCGUGAAAUACCUGGGCUGGCACAUUUCUGUGAACACAUGCUGUUUCGUGGAACACAGAAGUACCCAGACGAGGGCGAGUACCUCAAGUUCCUGAGCGAGCACGGUGGGCAAGGGAACGCAUGCACGUCAGAAGAACACACACAGUUCUACUUCAGUGUGGCACCGGAGUUUUUGCCAGAUAUGCUGGACAGAUUUGUGCAGUUCUUUCUGUCACCAUUAUUUACGCAAUCGGACACAGAACGGGAGAUAAAUGCCGUGGACUCGGAGAACGACAAGAACUUGAAGGUUGACGCACGGCGGAUGUACGCUCUACGACGCAGACUCGCAAAACCCGAACACGACUAUUCCAAAUUUGACACCGGCUCCAAGUUUUCGUUGGAAACCAUGCCAAAAGAAGCCGGGCUGGACGUAUGCAAGGAGCUACUUUCCUUUUACCAGAGCAAUUACUCAUCCAACAUCAUGACCCUGGUCGUCCUUGGCAGAGAGAGUCUGGAAGACCUUGCCAGUCUGGUUGUGCCGUUGUUUGUUAAGAUAGAGGACAAGCAGCUCGCAGUACAGGUGUGGAAUGAACAUCCAUAUGGACCUCAACAACUCAAGACAUGGGUCUACAUGGUUCCAGUAAAAACUCGUCACAUGAUCCAUCUCAAUUGGCCAAUUCCAGACUGGCGUGGACAUUACAAGACGAAGCCUUCAGAUUUUGUUUCCUUCCUUCUUGGACACCAAGGGCCAGGUGGUCUAUUGGCAGAGCUCAAAUCUAAAGGAUGGGCCACAGAGGUUGAAGCAGGAACUGAAACUGGUGCGAAAGGUUUUGCAUUUUACCAUCUUCAGAUGACACUCACAGAAUUGGGAGCAGACCACGUGGAGGAGAUAAUAACUCUUGCAUACCAAUAUCUGAAGCUCAUUAGAAAGUCUGGAAUUUCAGAGACGAUUUUCAGAGAACUACAGGAGCUGCGAAUGCUGGCGUUCAAGUUCCUGGAUAAAUCGGAGUCAGACGAGUUUGUUAGUGCUCUAGUCACCAACCUGCACGACUAUCCGAUGAAUGACGUCAUCUCAGGACCAUGUUUAAUUCCAGAGUUCAAACCAGAAUUAAUACAGGCGUUGUUGGAUAAACUCAUUCCAGAAAACAUGAUUGUGUUCGUACUGGACAAGAAAUAUGAAGGGAAGACGGACCAAACUGAAUCCUGGUACGGCACCGAGUACAAGACAGAGAAAAUAUCGGACAACAUUUUAAAGAAAUGGAAGAAAUGUUCGACGAAUGACAAAUUCCAUCUCCCAAAACCGAACAGUUUCAUUCCUGGAAACGUCGCCAUUGUUGACAGAGAAAGCUCGGACACGGAUAAACCAUAUAUGAUACGAGACAGUGCUUUGUCCAGACUAUGGUUCGCUCAAGACAACACCUUCCUGAUUCCGAAGGCGAGAGUUUCCAUGGAGAUUAGAAGUCCUGCUGCCUACUGCGACCCGAUAUCGGCGAAUCUGACGACUCUGUUCGCGGCGAUGGCGAGAGAGCGUCUCACGGAAUACGAGACCGAUACGCAGAUCGCUGGUUUAAGUUACGAUAUUCAUCCAACCAACUAUGGACUGCAGAUACUGAUCCACGGCUAUAACGACAAGCAGCUCGUCUUGCUGAGAUCCAUCACAGACAAGAUCACAAAUCUCAAGCCAGACCCUAAGAAGUUUGACGUCGAGAAACAAGAGUACACAAGACACUUGAAGAAUUUCGCCGCUGCCCAACCAUACAAGCAUGGUCUGUACUACACCCGAAGCUCGCUGUCGGAAGUGAUGUGGACACCGGAAGAACUACUGGAAACACUCGAUGAUAUAACGAUUGAGCAGCUCGAGGUAUUUGUGAAACGGUUCCUAGCCCGGGUGUUCAUUGAGAGCCUGAUUUAUGGAAAUGUUACCAAGAAGGUUGCUCUAAAGAUGCAAGAUUAUGUUGAGAGAUCCCUACAGAACAGGUGUGGUUCCAAGCCAAUGUUGCCAAGUCAACACAGACAGUUUCGACAGGUACAGCUUCCAGACGGCUGCUCGUUCGUGUUGGAGAAGGACAACAACGUGCACAGCUGCUGCUGCGUGGACGUCGUCUUCCAGACGGGACUGUCGGAACCACGCGAGAACGCACUUCUCAAGCUGCUCCAGCUGUCCAUCAGCGACCCGGUGUUCUCGGUGCUCAGAACAGACCAACAGCUAGGUUACAUCGUUGACUCGGACAUUUGGUCAUCGUGUGGCGUGAAGGGACUCAGAAUUAUAGUUCAGUCGGAUAAGACACCAGAUUACGUGACUAAACACAUUGACGCAUUUCUGCAUAGCGCGGAAAAAACCUUGCGGUCCAUGCAUGACAAGGCGUUUAAAGAACUGGUGGAAUCCAUGUCGAGUAAACUGAAGGAGAAACCCCAAGACAUGGCAGCCCAGUGUGACAAGUACUGGACGGAAAUCACAGACAGAGAGUACAUCUUUGAACGGGAUAAAAUUGAGCUGGAGUGUCUGAAUACAUUGACAAAAUCAGAACUGUACACUUUCCUAAAGGAAAGGGUCGCUGCCGAUGGCCCCAAACGACGUCGAUUCUGCACGCACAUCAGACCGACAGAGGCAUCAAAAUGCAGAGACUCAAACCAGUCGGCUGAUGCGCAUAACAACGUGGAUUCUAACGUGGAGGAAGAGGAAUCGGAUCCGGAAGUGACGCAGGGAAAAAUGUCGGAAAAGUCGACCUUGCUCAAAGAUGAGCCGGACAAAAACCGGAAAGAUACCAUAGGAGACAUCCUGAAGACAGGGAGGGACAUUGUGAGGUCAAAGAGCAUGUUCCUGAAAACCAAGCCAAAACACGUGGACAAGACAGUUGUUGUGGACGAUGUCUUCGCCUUUAAGAGGGAGCUUGGGCUGUAUCCCUGUCCAAAACCAAACAUCAGCUCUUCUGAUCCUGUUGAAGAGCAACCAGCUGGUACAGACAACACUUGAAUUUAAAAUAAGAAACCUCACAUUGUGCAAAAUGACCUGAUAUAACGAGAUAUCGCUAUUGUGGACUGUUCAGUGAUGAUUGCAAAUAGGUUCCUUUACCAAAAAACAUAAUUACGCAGUGUAAUCAUGACAAUACAAAUUAUACAUAUUGUGUAUUUUUGUUGUAGCGGGUUGGGUUGUUUUGGUUUUUUAAAAAUUGGUUUUUGACUUGUUUGUUUUGUUAUGCCACUGUUACUGGGCUGAAGAAAUAGGAAUUGGGAUCGUUCAUCACCCAUGAAUGAAAUAUAUAUUGUAUAUUUGUUUUGUAUCUUUUUCUUUGGGAUUUUAUUUUUUAAUGGGUUUUUUUCUUUUUCAGUAUUCUUUUUACAGUUCUUUACGCCUUUAUUGUGUAUAUUUACUACUACACUUGUGUUUAAUAUAUAAAAUGAAACACUGAAAUCAUGUUUUAAACUUGUCUGAAGAGGAAAAAUCGUUUUUGUACUGAAAGCUGUUUGACGUGUCGUACAUGCACAUACAAACUUUACGUAACGAAAUAUAACAUUACCCAUCGUCGUAUGAGCCCAUGGGCAACUAUUGGAACAUAUUAAAUGUGUCUAUACUACUGUUUAUAAUAAUACUUAGCAGUCUUAAGACGCAUACGUAUUUUCAUGACACAAUUAAUUCGGUAAAUAGAUUGUCAAAAAUGGACCUAAAAUGUGCACAAGAAAUUGAUAAUUUUGGGAUUCAAAUUGGAUAAUUUUGGGAUUCAAAUUGAUAAUUUUGGGAUUCAAAUUGAUAAUUUGGGAUUCAAAUUGGAUAAUUUUAAAGGGACAGACCCUAGCUUUUAAACACUAAGUCAUAUUUUUCACAAUUAGAGCAGUUUAGAUUAUCCAUUUCCGUACAACCGAAGUGUUUCUGGUUAUCCUGGUGUUUCUAAUACCAAU